UUGUGUGUGGCUUCAGGAUGGAAUUUGUGAUGCUGUCUGGUGGGGUUUUUAUACAAGUUGGGUCUUGGUUGCUGCAAAGGUAAGGGGAGCGUUGGAAGUGGUGGAGUUGAUAUGCGAAGAGGAUUGCGCGAUGGAAAAGUUUGUGUCGCAUUGUCUCACGUUGUGAGAAGAAGAAAAGAAUGCGAUCGAUUAAAUUGUGAUCUGGUGAAAAGAAGAAAGGGUACGCACGUAGCAAUGAGAGAGGUUGAGAGAGCGUGUUCAUGAUAUCACAAUCUUUUAGAGAUAGGCACAUACACAGAUGGUAAUGGAUGUUGAAUAUAAGUUUGCAAUGUACAAAAAGACAAAGUAGAAAGAGAUC